AUGUCAUACAUACACUAUCCAGAUUUAGACAACUACCGAUAUCGUAUCGAUUUUAAUGCAGAACCUUAUGGUACUGGACCAUUCUUUGAGGGAACUACUCUUGGUUUUAUUACUGAUAAGACAACUCUUCUCGGUUUUGAGCUAACUUAUGAUGCUAAACAAUGUACCUGCAAGAAAACUACCAAGCCAUCUGGCAUCUACCACAUUACUUGUAUAACAGAUGCACUGCAAUUUGUCGACAACAUCAGUAUUGGUGUAGGAUUCAAAGGUCAGUUGUAUCGAUCUAACAGUACCACGACUGCUGGCACCAACACCAUUCAAGCUACUCGUAACUUUGUCGCUCAAAAUUUUUCUAAUCAAAAAAGCAAUGUUCCAUUGUGUGCUUUGAUUCAUGAAGAUAUUGUUAAUCGUGAAACUGUAACAAGCACCGGUCAGCUGGUAGCUCUUUCUACUAGUACUACUGAGGUUUACAACUUUACACCGCACGCAAGUGAUAGUGAUUAUGUUAUUCCUGCUCACUGUCCUAAAUCAUGCUAA